AUGGCCGCCAGUGCUCGAGGCGAAGCGGUUCUCUCAGCGGCGGUUCCGACGGCUUGCGAAAUGUACGAAGGCGGAAAUACUGGGACGAUGUCAGUACAAGCAGGCCGUGUCAUUCUCGAGUACUGGCCGCUUCUUCACAACAAGGACAUCCAGCCCCGCGUGCGUGCAGACUGCAUGCUGUUCCUCUGUAAAGGCAAACAGGGAGAAGGGCGCAAGUGGAGAAUCAGAUUCGCAGGCGGCGUAUCCCAGGGCGAGGAGCAGUGCGCCAGCUGUUUCCGUUUGAUCAACUCUUUCCUUGAACCUGCGGUCUCUCCGUUUCCUCUUGUCCCAACGCCGUCUUUCCCUUCUGCCGCGCCUUCGUCAGCGUCGUCGGAGAUCCCUGCGUCGUCUUCGGUUCCGGUGACGACGUGUUCUCCCGUCGUUCCCGUCGCGCACCGGGAAGGCAGUGCCGUAUCGUCGGGAGGAACAGUCGCCACGGCACCGGACGCGGAGCUGGGACCUUCCGCUUCUGCCGCGGCGACAAAGUGA